UCAAACGUCAUUUUAUUACAAAUGUCUCGUUUUUCCUUGAUGUCAGUCUUUUGUGUUUUCGAUACUUAUUUAAUUAAUUUAUUCCUCUGUCAGUCAGUAAACUGGUUAAUCUAAUAACCUGAUAAAGAAAAAAAUUGAAUAAGGUCAUGAUAGGUUAUUUGCAGCAAUAAAAGGAGAGUACUAAAAGUAUCAAAAUAAUGCCAUAAAGUGACUGUGUUUUCGAAUUCAACUCAAGAAUAUUGAAAUUAUGUGUUCCCCUUCUGUGUUAACGUUUUUUAGUCAGUGGCGCUUAUGGAUUAGGCCAUUCUUAAUUGCAAUUUACUUAAUUCUUAUUAUCGUAUUAGUACCUGUUCUUAUAGUUCGGUCAAUAAACAAUGGAUUUAAUGAAAAAGAAGAGGCAGCGCUCAUAGGCGGAGGGUUUGUUCUACUUGCUUUGCCUAUAUCCAUAUGGCAAAUAACUCAACAUAUUGUCCAUUAUACCAAACCAUCACUGCAGAAGCACAUUAUCAGGGUCCUAUGGAUGGUGCCAAUUUACGCACUGAAUGCUUGGAUUGGACUGCAGUUUCCUGAACAAUCUAUUUAUGUAGAUUCACUCAGAGAGUGUUACGAAGCUUACGUCAUUUAUAAUUUUAUGAAGUACCUCCUCAACUACUUGAAUGACGGUCAUGAUCUGGAGGCCUUGUUGGAGGUCAAACCUCAAGUUUACCACAUCUUUCCUUUAUGUUGUUUAACUCCGUGGGAAAUGGGAAGAGAGUUUGUUCAUAACUGCAAACAUGGAAUUCUUCAAUAUACAUUGGUUAGACCAAUUACUACAGUGAUAUCAAUGAUAUGUGAAUUGGCUGGUGUGUACGGAGAAAGUGACUUCAGUCCUAAAGUGGCGUUCCCGUACAUGGUUGCGAUUAACAAUCUUUCGCAGUUUGUAGCCAUGUAUUGCUUGGUUCUGUUCUACAGAGCCAACAGGGCAGAGCUAAAGCCUAUGAAGCCCAUUGGAAAGUUUUUAUGCAUCAAAGCAGUUGUUUUCUUCUCAUUCUUAGAAAGCGAUCUUUUCUUUUCACUUAUUCAUAAUAACUACUUGAAGUAUAUUACUGAGUCUUUGUUUCUUAACUAUAGUAACCAUUGUUAUAUUUUUCAGGAUUUCUUGAUUUGCAUAGAAAUGUUCCUGGCAGCAAUUGCUCAUCAUUAUAGCUUCUCAUACAAACCUUAUGUUUCACCUGAGAAUCCGUCACCCUCUUGUCUUGGCUCUUUUCUGGCCAUGUGGGAUGUCUCUGACGUCAAAAGAGACAUAUCUGAACAUCUUGGAGUAGUUGGGAGUUCAUUUAGCAGAAGGCUCAGAGGAAAAUCUAUGUACCACAUGACAAGAGGUUGUGACGAAAGCUCAAGGUUGGUGAGCGAACCUACGUCGUCAAGUUCUGUACCCAAUCUGACAUUGGAACCUGAACUUCCACCGGUCGAAGUGAGACCCACCACUUAUGGGUCUAUCGAAAACACUCUCACCGGCUCCUCCGAAACUGACCCACUUAUCAGCACUGCCGAUGAUCGAGAAUCGAUCACACACGACCCUAAAGCGUGAAACGCAAACAAAAACACAUCACUGAAUCUAAUAAUCGCUUUGUGUGUAUUAUGAACUGAUAAUAAUCAUCACAGAUAUGUUUUAUAAAAUAUGCAAUAUUUAGUUACUAAGAUGUAAAUAUUUAUAAAGUACAUUCCCUUGUUCAAUUUUAUUUCUACCAAAGUAACAAGAGUGCUAGUAUAAAAUUAUACAAGAUCAAA